AUGCCACUUGAACAAGUUGAAUGGUUUAUGAAACAAUCAAAACAUGACAAUGGUAAAGUACAAGCACGACAAUGUUGUACAUAUUAUUCAGUUCUAAAUGUCAAUAAACCAAACUACCCAUUUUUAAGUUCAUAUGAACAAGAACAAACAUGGACAUUAACACGAACAAUAUCAAAUAGUCAUAAACGAUAUCAAUCAUCAAUUGAUAAUAUUUAUUUGACAACACCAAAUCUAUCAUUGAAAACCAAAUAUAUCGAUUAUGACAAAAUGAAAAUCGAAAAUGAUCGUUCGCUUUCACUUUAUACAUCAUUACGACAUCGUACACCAUCAUCAUCACGUCGUUCCAUUAAUAUUAAAACAGAUUCACAUACUCAUCCUGAACAAAAAUCUUCACCAAUAAAAAUACGAAAUAAUAAUCAUAAUUCCAAUUUGAAUAAACCACAAUUAUUACCUAGACUUAUGCGUGUUAUUCAUGCUAAUGGUGAAUUACUCGUACGAAUUUAA